AUUAUGUGACAAGGUCGCUGCGGAUGGUUCGGUCGACUGCUCCAAGCCACCGUUGGAAGUUCACCCCAAGAACUGCUGUCAUAUGCCACCGCUGCUGGACGAGCGUCUACUGAUCGGUUGCAAGCAAAUUCACGGCGGUGAACAUCUCAUAAGGGGACUGAUCCACGAGAGAGGAAGUUGUUUCAUCGAAUGUGCCAUGAAUGCUACCGGAACGCUGGCCAACGGUGUUCUAGACCAAUCAAAGAUACUCCAACUGAUCGGAACUCGAACGGGGAGCGAUCCAGCGUUGAUGCAAGUUUUUGUAGCGAGUUGCGUGCAGUGCUUCCAAAUCCCGGCGCAGUAUGUAGCGUCCAGCAAUUAUCCUAAAGAUAGCAAAUUUUGCAAUCCGAUGGCUGCUCACUUCAUCAGCUGUGUAAAUAUGGAAUCGUUCAAGAUGUGUUUACCGAACUUCUGGACCAAUACCGAUAGCUGCAACACUUUACGAAAUUACAUUGCCAGCUGUCCCAUCCCUUCAUAGCUAUGGACGAGAUCGUUCAUUACAUCAUCUUUAUUCCGUAAGAUAUAGUAUAACAAUUACAUAAGUUGGUUAUGUACAUGGAAAGCUGGUUAUCUAUACGUAAAAUCAAAUCCUAAACC